GAGAAGGGUAUUAGUUGCAUUUUCAGGAACAAGGCAGGGGGGGAAGAGAAGAGGGUUUUAGGGCGAGAAAGAAAGACGAAAAUGGGAAGCCAGACGAAUAAUGGAGGAGGGGGUUUUAGGGCGAAAAUGGAGCACUAUCUUUACAGUGGUGAAAAGAAGCAUGUCAUGGCUGGCAUGGCCAUCAUCGGCGUCAUCUUUGGGGUUCCAUGGUACCUCAUGAACCGAGGUACAAAACAUCAAUCCCAUCAAGACUAUUUGGAGAAAGCCGAUAGAGCUCGAAAUGCACGGCUUCAUUCUGCACCAUCUGCACCAAAAUAAUCAUUUACGCAAGUCGUUAUUUUCUCUACGCUGAUCGUGUUUUCUUUAAUAGAAUACCGUUACAACCCAGUUGUCGAAAAUGCUGUAUCGGUUUCUUUUCACCAUUGUUAGCCAAAGGAGCAUAAUUUUUGUUCAAAUUUUCUUGUAUUUUGGAUUUUGAAAGAAAGAAAUAAUGGGUAGUUGGAAGUUUUUAAAGAUCCUGCUGUUGAUUACUUCUCCAAGUCAAGUAGUCAAAAUCUUUCGGUUGAAAUCCAAUGAAUUUAUGUGGAUCUGAUUUAA